UCAUCGGUCGGGGCCGCGGCCUUUUGCACAAGGGAGAGGGAAACUUGGGAGUAGGAUGGCGGCGGAGCCGACGCGGCCCCCUCGGCUCCGGAAGGAGCCGCAGCCGCUGGUCAUUCCCCGGAGUGCCGCAGAGGAGCAGCGCCUCAAGCUAGAGAGGCUAAUGAGGAAUCCGGAUAAAACAGUUCCAAUUCCUGAAAAGCUGAAUGAAUGGGCACCCCGGGCACCUCCAGAAUUUGUCAGAGAUGUUAUGGGUUCCAGUGCUGGGGCUGGAAGUGGGGAAUUUCAUGUCUAUCGACAUCUUCGGCGGCGGGAAUAUCAGAGACAAGAUUUUAUGGAUGCCAUGGCUGAGAAGCAAAAAUUAGAUGAAGAAUAUCAGAAGAAGCUUGAAACGAAUAAGAUGGUUGCAGAAGAACAGACAGCCAAACGUAGAAAGAAGCGUCAGAAAUUGAAAGAAAAGAAAUUGCUGGCAAAGAAAAAUAAAGUUGAGCAAAAGGAUGAACAUGCAGCUGCGGAUUCUGAUCAUUCCCCCAAACAGCAGACCAGUGAAGAUGAGACUUCCGAGGAAGAAGAGAAAGAUGACAGGAAGGAAACCACCUUUGUAAUGAAGAGAUGAUGGUCUUGCUCUGCUACUGUAGUUAAUAGCCAGCUAGCAUUGAACUGAAACUGAAUUGAACAAGAGGGUUUUUCUGCUCUUUUGGACUUUAUUGUGGCAUUGUUGAUAUGGCCAUAACAGUUCCAUGGAAUAUCAUUGCUGGAUCCAAAUCAAAUGAAAGUUGAUUUCAAACUUUCUUGUAUAACUGCUGUGCAGGGUUUCAGGGAAAAGUGUCAGCAUUAUGUAACUCUUAAUUCCUGUGCUAUUGCUCCAAAGUGACAUUUCUUCAUCAACUUAUGUCUGUAAGCAGAUCUUCUCCCGAGAGACUUAAGUAUAUAAAAUGGAGUUAUGUGGCUGAAAAAUGGACUUUGAAGGAGGAAAUAGCCUUUAUUUCCUGGAGGAAAGAAAGUUAAUUUCUUGAGGAGUCUCUGUUAAAUUAGCCUUUAUUCCUUGCAUUUCUGCUGCAAGAUAAGAUUUUCCAACAACUAAGAAGAUCUAGUGUUUCACUUCAAAAGUGUGUUGUUCAUUUUUAUUAUAAACAUUUCUGAAUAAAAGAGGACAUCCAUGUGUUUUUGUUUGCCUCUGAAGGAUACACAUUGCAUUUUAUAUGGACUUUUCAUCCAUGAAUUUCCCUGCCAAAAACAUGUAGCCAUUUAAGAUAAAUAGAUCUUUCAUACUCACUCCGCUAUAUAUUUCAGCACUGUUAAAUAACAGUUCAUGAGUUUUCUAGGGUUAUCUGGCUGAUCAGUGCGGGGGGUGGGGGAAGAUACUCAAAUAUGUCAUUCUCAGUUUUUAAUUUUGGUAUAAUCUUUAAGUGGGUCUUCCAUCUUAUAGUUGUCGCAUUCUUACAGAGUGGUAAAUCAGCUAUGUUUAUAUACAUGGUCUGCCAAAAUCAAAUAUGUUUUCACCUAAUGUGUGACUUGCAGCUGAGGCCUAUGCAAAAAUAGGAGCUUCUCUGACUCCCAUUUUACUUGAUUCAUCUACAAAACUGUAAUAUAAAAAAAUGAUACUGAUAAAAAAAUUCUAAUAAAGACUUUAACUUUGCAACAGAA